AUGGAAGUUGAAGGAAACCCUUCUUACAAAGCUUUCGUCAUAUCUCCUCCGCAGGAAAAUCAAGACACCCCGCAAUUCUUCUCAGACUUGUUGAUAGAGGCUCUUUAUCUCUAUGUUCCUGUGCCCUUUCACACAACACAUACGCUGAUAAUAUGUGUAUCAAUUAUUCCCUUCAGCAUUCCAAGCCAUCGCGGCCAGGUUUUCUAUCAUGCAGAAGCCUCAUAUGCGCAGUGUUGUGAAGGUCUGGACAGAAAUUCGUUUAUGCCUACAAUUAUUAGCACAGCACAGAAAACUUACGGCAUGUACAUGCCGUAUCAUCCGUGGAAUUUUGAAAUGGCUGGUGAGAUCUACAGCCAGGGCUAUGACUCAAGCUUCGAUUCUGAGCAACAUUUCUUCGUGGACGAAUUCGUAGGAUCUGUGCUAGGAACACCUCCAGCCGAAUCACUGGUUGAUUGUUCCAUGCAAGAUGCAGAAAGCCACAGUGUCAUGCAAAUAAAGCCCCUAAAUAACCACGAAUGUCCAAUAACGAAAGUUGCGGAUGAGUUCCUGAACAGCUUUUGCAACACAGAAUCAUAUAUCUUGGCGACCGAGUUUAUUAUCAAGAUCAAUGCACGAAUGAGGGAAGCGGGCUUUGAGGGAACUUCGCGUAGUCUGAAGACUCUCCGAGAUGAGACAAUCUUCAUAAACCGCCUUGUGGCUUCUAUUGAAAUGUCACAUGGGAUAGGCGUUGCAUCGCUGGUCUUCUAUCACAUUUUCAGGGCCUCAAAUUACCGGCUUAUCCGCCUCAUGAAUCGCUAUGGUGACGCUAAGAAGCUGCUCGCCAUACGAAGAAUCUGCGAAAACCUACAAGUUUCUAGACUUGUUGCCAACCCUCUACCCAUUCUGCGGAUACAUGAUCUGAUAGGAGAACACAUGCCAGACCUUCCGUAUGUUCCCUGGAGUCUAGAUCGAUGCAUUCCAUUGACAGUUGGCAGCAACAAAGUAAUCAACGCCGCGAUAGGAUACUUGGAUGUACACACCUCAUUAGCCGUUGAGCAAGACCUGGAUUUUCCUGGAUUCGAUCCUCAAUUAGGUUUCUUGCAGUUAUGA